CACUCUUGUGAAACCCACUCCUACCCACUUGUGGAACCCCAAGCCUUCCACUGACACCAUGGUCAGCUCCUGUUGUGGCUCCGUCUGCUCUGACCAGGGCUGUGGCCAGGAGACCUGCUGCCGCCCCAGCUGUUGUCAGAUCGCGUGCUGCAGAACCACCUGCCUCCGCCCCAGCUGCAGUGUGUCCAGCUGCUGCAGGCCCCAGUGCUGCAUCUCCAGCUGCUGCAGGCCCCAGUGCCAGCAGUCUGUGUGCUGCCAGCCCACCUUCCUCCGCCCCAGCUGCAGUGUGUCCAGCUGCUGCAGGCCCCAAUGCUGCAUCUCCAGCUGCUGCCAACCUUCUUGCAGCAUCUCCAGCUGCUGUCACCCCUCUAGCUGUGGGUCGAGCUGCUGCCGCCCCUUCUGCUGUCUGCGCCCAGUCUGUGGCCGGGUCUCCUGCCACACCACUUGCUACCGCCCCACCUGUGUCAUCUCCACCUGCCCCCGCUCUGUGUGCUGCCCCUCCUCUUGCUGCUAAGCCCCCUGCCCUGUGUCCACUGUCUCCAUUUACCUCUAUCCCCAUAGAUGUAGACCCUCCUUUUGUGCUGACCAUUAGGACAUGGAGUGGGGUUGAUGUAGCUCACCUGAGUAGGGUCUCAUGAUUUUAUUGAGCCCACCAUAGGCCCACUAACUCUGUGAGCACAUUCUGGCACCAGUCCAAAUUCUACUCCUUCUGAACCUCUCCCUCUUAUCUAACUGUAAAUUUGCUUAUAACACACCGACUAUUGCGUUGACAAAUUCUCCCUUUUAGCUUUUGGGCACCAGGCCAUGAAGCUCAAGGAGCCGAAGCCUGACUUCAGUACUUCUACGUGACAGAUUUUUAUAAUCUCUCUCUUGGCUGUCCAAUGAAAAUUCUCUUUUAUACUUGUUAUUCUCCAAAUUUUUCUAUGUUAUAACUCAAUGCCAAAAUAAACCACCACUUUCCUGUAUGAAAA